GGCCCGAGCUGUGUCUCGGGGUGGAAGCCGGGCGGCUGUGCGCUGGGGAUGCUCUUACAUAACCGCCCGCCGCGUCCUGCUUCCUCGCGCGCUCCUGCACCGCCGGCUGGGAGAGCCGGGGGCCGCGAUGGAGGCAGGGCCGCUGCUGCGGGGCCGGGGCCGUCCCCGCGGGGAGCGGACCGCGAGGAGCCGCGGGAGGAGGGCGCGAAAUGCGGCGGGGGAGGUGAAGGCUGGACUGCCGCUCCUCCUGCUAUGAUGCCUGGGCAGAUCCCAGACCCUUCCAUGACUGCGGGCUCUCUGCCAGGGCUCGGCCCCCUAACCGGACUCCCCAGCUCGGCUCUGACUGCAGAGGAGCUGAAAUACGCCGACAUCCGCAACAUUGGGGCCAUGAUUGCCCCUUUGCACUUCCUGGAGGUGAAACUGGGCAAGAGGCCCCAACCCGUGAAGAGUGAGCUAGACGAGGAAGAAGAGCGAAGGAAAAGGCGUCGGGAGAAGAACAAAGUCGCGGCCGCCCGAUGCCGGAACAAGAAGAAGGAACGGACGGAAUUUCUGCAGCGGGAAUCCGAGCGGCUGGAACUCAUGAACGCAGAGCUAAAGACCCAGAUUGAAGAGCUAAAGCAGGAGCGACAGCAGCUCAUUCUGAUGCUGAACCGGCAUCGCCCCACCUGUAUCGUUCGGACGGACAGCGUCAAGACGCCCGAGUCGGAAGGCAACCCGCUGCUUGAGCAGCUAGAGAAGAAGUGACCGUGGGCUUGGGAGGAGGAGGAAGAGGAGGAAGAGGAGGAAGAGGAGGAGGAGGCCACCAGAGGGCCCUUCCUUGGUGCAUGAAAAACUUUACAGCAAGGCUCAGCACAGCCAGUAAUUAGUGGGGCUUUUUUGUGAAACUCAGAUCAGCCGCAUAAGGGGAAGAGCAGGCUGACGAAACCCAGAAGGACCAAGCGCUGAGACCAAAGUAGACUUGAGGGUGGGGCUGUCCUGCUGGGGCCCAGCGCAAACGAGGCAGGACAGAGGCACCCAGGCCGGAGAGACGCCCAGCCAGGCAGCCUUGGGCACUUCUCCGGCCUCUCCGCCAGGCCACCUACCCCAGGGACCUCCGAGCAGCCAGGAAAAGCCAUGAGUUACAACCAAACACGGCUGAGGAUGGAGCUGAGUAACACUGCCAUCUGCCUGCCCCAGCCCUGACCCCUGACCCUGAUGCGAGGCCGGAGAGGGCCGUGAUGCGGGGCCCGGUGCGGCCUUGCUGGGGAGUAGCAGCCGGGUGCACCCUCGCCGGCCCUGCUGGAGUUUGCUGCGGGCACGAGGCGCGGGCGCCCUUCCAAAGCACAUACUCACUGAAUGUUUACAGACUGGCUGUCCUGGCAGGGCUUUCAACUGCACAUGUUUUUUAUCUUUCUUUUUUUUUUUUUUAAUAUUUUUUACAAAAAAAAAGAUUUUAUACAAGCAAUAUAUAUAUGGAUUUCUAUAAUCACUCGAUGUGAUACAGUAUAAAUAUGUUAUGGUUUGUCUGUUACGAACAGAUAUCCAGCAGUUAUGGCCGUUGUGUGUAACUCCUAAGUACUGUAGUCUCUGGGUGUUGCGGGGUGUCCGGGGAGGGGGUGGGGUGCGUUUCCAUCCUGGUAAACCCUUCAUAGUACUCAGUCCUGUAUCGCUCAGUAAACGUUACUCUUACUUA